UUUGCCUUCCAGCACUUUGUUGUUCUGAGUACUCUGUUUAUUCCUGCAGCAUCCUGCCACCAUGGUCCCCACCCUGACAUGUGGAGAUACACUGACUGGUCUCCAGGGGACUCGCUGACACUUUUCUGCAGAGCAAAUGGGAACGGUUCAAUGAAACUUGUCAAACCUAUCCAUCCUCUUGCUAAUUUCUCCAUACUCCUUCUGCUGGCACGUCAACACAGAAUAUCGUUAGCAAUUUCAAGUGCUGUUGGGAGGAGGCAAGGUCAGCUAGCUUUCAAUACUCGUCUGAAUGUCAAAUGCAUGCUCUGCCACCAGAAUGUAGGUAGCAGUUUCCCUGAUGAGCACAGCCAGGAUCAAGCCCCUGCCAACGCUGUGGUGGGGUUCUCUCUUUGCAGCCCUUCUCUGACUCGUUAGUUCUUUUGCACAGUAUCUUUGUCUGGGUUGCUCCAGACCUCUGCAUCUCAAAUACAGCAGACCAUGCUGCUCACUCCUCCUUGCCAAACCUGUGUGCACCAGGCGCUACAGCAGAGCGAUGCAGCUCCUGCUUUUGCCUCUUGUUUUGCCCCCUCUCCCUUCCUGGGGGAGGGAGGUGGCACAGGGGCCUGUUCUGGACCCACCGCUGACUUUGAGAAGCGCUGGCCUGUCUCGAGGCGAGUGCGUACCCAUGCCUACGGUAGUCUGGGCAAUGGUGCCAGCCGUGUUUCAGCUUGCUGUUGCUGGCACAAGCCCAUCGCCUAACGAAGGGGUGUCCGGCAACGAUGCGGGAGCGAGCCUCCAGAGGUCGGCCUCAGACCGUGGCAACCCAUCCGCUGAUGGGUGGGUGGCUGGGCCUGGGGAGGAUUGCUCCUUGCUGCUUUUCCUCGGGUCUUAUAUCUGUUCAGACACAACUGUCUGUGAAGGUGCUGUUCCCUCCAAACCUUGCAAGGUUUGAGGUUUGUAUCUGCAAAAAAACCUUUUCCAGUUUGUUUUUAGACAGCAGGUAACUUCCCAGUUAUCCUGAUUCAGAGGAUAUUAGGCAUUUGAAGAACUUUUAUUUUCUAAGAGGGCUAUUAGCCUUUUUUCCAGCUUCAAAAAUCCACCUUCUUAGGCUUAAGAUGUCUGGAAAAUAUUGGCCAAGUACCAAUGUGGAGUGUUUUGUUUAGAUUUCUAAAAUUUUCUGAAAUCUUAUCUUUCUGAGCUUCUAUGUAGUAGGGGAAGGCCCCUGAAGACUGGGAGCUCUUGCUGAGUAGCCACUGCAAGCACAGCAGAACCAUCCUUACCGCCCUGUGCCACACAGAGCUGGUGUCUGUGCCUGAUGGAGCCAGAGUUUGCCUCUUGGUCUGUAUGAGCUUGUUGUGAAGGGGGUCCCAGAGCUGGCAGGGGAAGAGAAGUGCUCCUUGGGCUGUGACCAAAAUGUGUCCUCCAUCAGGGAGGUGGUCCUUGAGGCAGGCAGGAGGCGAGCUCAGCCUCCAUUGGGGAGCCAGGCUCUGGAGUGAGCCGAGGAGCUGAGAUGGGGCAUACAGCACCACCGAGUCCCGGAGGGCAGCGCUUUGAGCCCCCAUUGGCAGUGAGCUCUUCUGAUACUAUUCAGCCUUAUCUUACUGAAAUGGUGAGGCUGCUUGGACUUCUGAUCCAGCCGGUGCUGGAUGUCAUGCUCCAACUGUCUGUGUGUCUGUCCUGCCAGCGCUGGCUUCAGGCAUGUGCAGACAGGCUGGCUUUUGUGUGGAAGGGUGCCUGCAUGACCUGGCUACCGUCUCCCUGCAGCUGGGUGGUAGUGCAGCUCGCAAAAACUUACACCAAGCUAGGUAGGACUGGGAGGAAGGGCUCUGCUGCAGUCUGGCCCUGUUUUGUACUGAUCUACUUGUCUCUUUUUCUACUGUCUUUCAUCCUGUUUCUGGCAACGCUGAGGAAGAAGAGUUGCUUCUUUUCAUUGUCCCUGUAAUCUGGGGAAGGAAAGCCUUCACAGGCUAAGGAAGGGGACCUGGUUGCAGAUAGAAACACUGCUGACUAAUUGGUUUAAAGCAUGUUUAGCUGUUUUCUCUGUUACUGUCCUCGCCAGAGAAGCCCAAACCUGAACCUUCUCCCCUCUGUGGAGCCAUAAGCUACCCUUGGUGAAAGCUGUCUCGCGUGGCAUGGAGGCAGGCUUUAUUGUGCACUACUGUCACCUGCAUAGGCGGGGUUAUUUCCUGGUGUUAAGUCUGCAUGCUGUAUCCCUGUGGCUUCCAGGGUUUAAUUUCCCAUAUGCCAAUCACUGCUUCAAACAGAGAGGCACAUGGGGUUUCUGCUGGGCUGGUGAUUUAAAAAAAAAAAAAAAAGAUAAAGGCAACUUAUCCAGACCUCGUGCAGUUGGUUUCUCCUGAACAGACCUAUACAUCCAUGGGAGUUGCAUUUGAUGCAAAGGAGAGAUACAGUUAUCCUGUAAGGAUCCUCUCUCUGAGCUUAAUGUUUUCUAGAAGUAUCUGUGCAGGCUUGAAGCAAAGUUAAGAGCAGCCUGACAGGGCGAGCUGUGCUCUUGUGCUUAUCAGCAGCAGCUGGGUGAUCCAGGCUGAGGUUUUGUGAAACUGCUUAGCGUAGAGACAGACCAGGGGGGUGGGCUGCUCACAGGGCUUAUCUCUUUCUUCCAGCAAUUAUACGCAGCAUCACCCAGGUAGGUCCCUCUGAAGAAAUGAACUUUGAAGAUGAAUUGCUAAACCUGUAAAUCAUUUUGUAGCUCAUGACUGGAACCAUCCCGUUAAAAGCUUAAUGUAUCCUAUAUAUUAGCAGUGGUGAUAGGCGCUAAAAUAAUUUAUUCAUGGAGCCGGAAGGAGCGUUACAAUUUGCUGAUCUAGCAUUGGGGAAGAGCAGAGGGUUUAAUUAGCAAAUGUGCCUUUUAAAUGGAGAUAAAUUUGAUGGGAAGUGAACUGCUUCAUUAAAAAAAUAAAUCCUCAGAUCCUGGGAUUCAGCCAUGUUGCAUGUGGAGAAAAAUGAAUUUGUGUUGGCUUCUGGUUCCGGCCCUGGCCUCCCUGAGCUCUGUGGGGAGCUGGCUGCAUCCAAGUAGCCAAAUCCCUAAGCCCCUCAGCAGAGCAGAUGAUGGCUCUGCACUUGCGUACGCUGCAAUUACGAAUAAUUUUAACCAAGUUUUUCCACAGAGGCAGUCAGCCAUGCCCAGCAGUAGAGACUGAGACCCCUUGAUGACCAGUGGCUGGCUGGUGGCUCCCUUUGCUUGCCCCUGUAUUGCUCCUACUUGUUCUUACCCUUUAUCCCACUCUAUUUUGAUCUUGCUCUGACACUUCUCUGUUUGUUUAUUUGGGCCUCUAACGUGAGACUUGAGUCAGUUUUGUUCACUGUAGCAUAUUUUGAUUUAUUAAAGUCUUGUACUCGGUGUCUGUGCAGCAUGCUGGGCCAUAAACUCUUGCUUGGAGUCCUGGCACUCUGGGGUGGUGAUCAAAGCCUUGGAAACAGCGAUGUCCAGGACAAAAGGAGCCAAAUGAACGUAGAUGGGUCCCCCGGGAUCUUUUUCCCCCUCUCAAUGGAGCUGUGGGCGCCUCUUGUUUCCCUCUUGGGUAACAUCUGUGCUGUCUGCCCCACUUUUCUUCCAGGUGCGCAAUGGCCACAUCAAGCGAAUCACUGACAAUGACAUUCAGUCGCUGGUGCUGGAGAUUGAAGGAACUAAUGUCAGUACCACAUACAUCACGUGCCCUGCUGACCCAAAGAAGACCCUGGGCAUCAAACUACCUUUCCUGGUGAUGAUCAUCAAGAACCUGAAGAAAUACUUCACUUUUGAAGUGCAGGUGCUGGAUGAUAAGAAUGUACGGCGCCGUUUCCGGGCGAGCAACUACCAGAGCACGACUCGGGUGAAGCCUUUCAUCUGCACCAUGCCCAUGCGGCUGGACGAUGGCUGGAACCAAAUCCAGUUCAACCUGUCAGACUUCACACGCCGGGCUUACGGGACAAAUUACAUUGAGACCCUGAGAGUUCAGAUCCACGCCAAUUGUCGCAUUCGACGGGUGUACUUCUCUGACCGUCUCUACUCAGAGGAUGAGCUCCCAGCUGAGUUCAAGCUGUAUCUGCCUGUCCAGAACAAGGCCAAGGGCCAGGCAGUGGUGGAUUUACAUGGUGUUCUUCAAAAAUCUUCUAAUCCCCCUCUCCCAUCAAAACUUUAACCAUCUUGCUGAAGGUGAGUGAAGUUUGGAUGCUCUCCCUGCAGGAGAAGAGGAUGCUUCUGGUGGAUAGGCCAAAAUGGCACAGGCAUCCUGUCAGCAGUUGUUUCCUAGAGUAAACAUGCACCAGCAAAACUCCUGCAAUGAAGCGCCCAGCUUCUUACUGCUUUGGUUAUGACUCUUGACCUGGCUGGGACACAACGUCCUACAUGGAAAGAGUGGAGGAAGGCAGGAAGGACAUGGAUGCAGAGACGGGAGUCUGCCCUGAGGAUGGCUACCGCCUGCAUGCUCCUGGGGCAGCCCCAGCUUGGUAUGAGGGGUGAGCAGAGGGGGAGUCCUGGUUCAGUGCAGGCAGCCUGUGGAGAAAACAUCUCCUUGUUCACCUUUCUGUGGGUGGCCUGCUCCUUCCUUCCUGCUAAGUCCUUAUUGCAGUUCAUGUCUAGUGGGGAAGAAAGGAAUCUUUCUUCAUAGGGAGCCCUGGAUUCAACCCAGGGCAGAGCAUGGCCUGCCCAAAGAUGAGUUUUCCUUGCCUCCCCUGGCUUUUCACCUUCCUCUUCCAUUGGCUGUGGCAAGGUCCGCCACUUGGGCACUUUGAUCGGGACCUGAGUGCUGGGAGCCAGCUUUCUACAUCAAAGGCAAAGCUUCCCUUUGAAAUCUCGGCUGCUGAAGGAUGGUGAGUGCACGGGCUGCAGCACCUCAGGGCAAGGGACGGGAGAGUGAUCCUUCCCGGGUUGAGUCAGGGAGCAGGCAUGCUCAGAUGAAGCUGGAGCAGCUGGCAGUCACCAUGUGGCGUGAGCCAAGGCUGGGACAUCCCUCGGCUCCGGUGGCUCUGCCUGGGGCAGGUGGCAGCAGCUGACAGGGGAAGCAGACGAUGGGGUUUUCCUGGAAAGCUUUCUGUCCAUUUGCUCUGCUGCUGGGGGAGAAGCAGCCUGGGUGAGAGUCUGGCCCAGUGGAGUGGCAGGACACUGGUAUGGGCUUCUGUCCCUGCCUGUGGCUUUCCCCUUACUCUUUGUCUCCUUCCUAUUAAGUGGAUCCUGACACAAAGCACAUAGCUCUGAUCACAGAGGUGAUAUGCAGGAAUCAAAAAAAUCCAUGCUAAACUGCUCCUUGCCCUCUCUGCCUCCUGUUCAGCAUCUCCCUGGAUGUCUUGGGCCAAAUGUUGUUGUCUCUGUAGAGGGAUUACACCUCCAGGGCGACGCUAAUCCUCUGCAGCUGCUUUCUAGCAUGGGGCGGGCGGCGCUGGAGGCGAGGGAAAUAUUUAUUUUGAGUUUUGCCAUUGGCCACUGCCCAGGAAAAAUGAGUGACCGUACUGGGGACUUUGGCCACCUCUGCACACAGGGAGAGCUGAUCUUCCUGCUGCGCUGGUGCCUGCGGGAGAGGGGUGAUAGCUUCCCCUGGCAGGCUGCAGAAUGGGACCACCCAGGCAAGAUUUUAUUUGGAUGAGGGAGUGGCUGUGUGCUCUGAGAGCUACCCUGGGGUGUGAUGGGGAAAGCCUCCGAGCCACUAGAGGUGAGAAGAUGAUGGAUGCUAAGUUGUGCUGAAGCAGACCUGCAGACUGUCUGCUCCACCGUCACCUCGUGCAUUGCCCCUGCAGCCCCAGAAAUUACUUGCCUCCCUGUGAGACGAAGGGUCAGGCACCAUGGGGAACGAAGCUGGUGGCUGCGGGGUGGGCGUGAGGGGAGGUGACGGGCAUGAGGCGUACACGUGUGCCGAGCUCAGUGCAGCCGGCAAGUGCAUCCCACCCACAGCAGGGCUGUGCUGGCACUGACCCCCUGGCCAGGCAGCACCUGGAGCCUUGCUCUCGCCUGCAGCAUGCACAGGCAGCGGGUUCAACCCCUCCUAGGGCCCCAUGGCUCUCCUCUCUGUCCCCAGCAUCGUUUCCUCCGGCCUUGAGGCCGGCCAGUUGCUGCUCAGUGUGUCCCGGCCCCAGUUCUUCCUCUGCGCCGAGCCCGGCUUCCUCUCUGUUUUCUGAGUCUUCUCAGCGGUGCAUAGGGGAUCGUACCGGGGCUUGCAGAGGAAGAGGAGGUGGUGGGAGGGAGCACAGUUUCUCCUGUGAUGGUGCCAAGCGGGCAGAGGGAGCCCCUGCCAGCCCUGGUCACCCCCAUCACAGCGGCCACUCCUGCAGCAGGCUAGCUCAGCAGGCCCUGGAGGACACUGAGCUCCUGGGGUCUUUUCCAGGUCGGGCUUCUCCAGCCUGUUUUGGGGAAGCUGAGAGCUGCCUGGUGGGGGUGUAUCCUGGCAGGGCUGCCUGGUGCCUGCCAGGGCCAGGCUGAGCAGGACUCGUGCUCCCUUGAGCCACCAAAAGCCCUGGCCUGUGCAGCAGGUACAUCCCUGCCCUCCCCAGGGUCUUGCGUCUGUGGGUGGCCGGAGGCGAGCCAACCCCAUUGCUGGUAUGGAGGGCAAAGCAGCAGCCUCCAGCGAAGAGCCCAGGCCCUGCUGAAAUGCUGGGCUUUGUCUCCGGCGGGGUCCCUCACUGCUGUCCAUGAGUGUUUCCAGAUGGCCCCGGGCUCCUGCCACCAGCUCCACUGCAGCAUCCGGGGAAAAGCAGGAGGGGGGGUGGGAAGUGAAGUCUCAGCUCACCGAACAUGGGCAGCCUGGGCCUCUGCUCCCAGCGCCACCGAUUCCCCCU